AUGGCGAGCGACAAGCGAUUCGUGCGCGCUCAAAACCAGCAGCUCUCUCCUUUGGCUGGCCGGAUUGACCUUAGCAGCCUUUCGCAAGUCGUCGUGUUCGAGGAUAGGGUGACAGAAGUUGUCACCGAUGAAGACCUGGAAUCUCGUCUUCCUCUCCGUCGCCUUGGUUUUGGUCAUCGAGCUCCUCGGCCCCGCCUCCGUGGCAAAAGCUCCGAGCUCCCACGCGGGCCGCCGCCCUUUGCCCGUCCUCGCUGCCUCAGCGCCACCUACGGCCCGGUGGUGACCUUGUUCGUGGGUCACAAGCCAGCCGUCUACAUCGUCGACCGACAUGUCGCUCGCCAAGCCCUCGUCGAGAAGGCCUCUCAGUUCUUCGACCGGCCGCCGCCAAUCGGUGCCACCUGCAUCUGCAGCAGUGGUGGUCGCAUCAUCAGCUCUGCGGCCCACGGUGCUCUGUGGCGCCUCCUCCGCCGCAACCUCACGUCUGGGAUCCUCCUCCCCUCUCGCAUCAGGUCCUGCUCUCGGGCUCGUGAGCGCGCCCUUGCUAGCUUGAUCGAAUCCCUCAAAGCUGAUGCCGAUUCGGGCGAUGGUAUUGUUAUGGUUUACGAUCAUAUACGGCACGCGUUUCUGCGCCUGCUGAUCCUGAUGUGCUUCGACGACGCCCUCUCCGAGAAAGCAGUUCGAAACAUCAUGCGCAUCCAGCGAGGUCGUCGGCAUGGGGGCCGACCUCUUCAUAUUCGACAUGUGGCCACGAGUGGCGAUGGUGUUCCUGUGGAGGAGAUGGAGCGGAUUUCUGGCGACUCGCCGCGAGCAAGAAGGCGUCAUGUAUCCACCUCGAGUACUUCGUGGCCAAUCUGCUGCGGGAGUUCGAGUGGAAGCCCGACAUGGACGAUGAGGAGGUCGACGUGUCGGAGAAGUUGGUGUUCAUGGUGGUAA